CAUGAGCUCCAUACGUCGUAUAAUGAAGGGGAUGCAUAUACGCUGAGCUAAAGAUACCAUAUUUUAACUAAUAUAUCACACAACAGACGCAUUGAACAGUUAAUACCAAUGGAGCUUACAGAGGUGGUAGCCCCACACGUGGCAGUACCUGUAUUUGGUGUCUUGCUAUGCGCAUUUCUUGUUUUUGCCUUUGGUUUCAAAUCGCCUGCCCAGCCACCGAGUUUUAAUUUUGAUGAGGAUGGCAAGAAAAAGAAGCCGAAGAAAGCAAAGCAACAGAAAAGUCAAACAAAUGGCCAUGUGACAGCUGUGACCCCAGAAACCAGUCUGCCAAUCAAAUCCCAGCCGUCACCUAAACAUGUUGACAAGCCAGCCAAGUCGUCAUCCCCUGGCAACAAAACUGGCAAAAAGGCCGAGGUUCAGACUAAAAAGGCAAAGAAGACGAAAGAAGAUGUUACUGCUGUCCCUGCUACAGCCACAACUAAGUUGAAAAUGGAAGAAGAUGGAUGGACCACUCAGGUUUCCCGUAAAGACAGGAAACUGAAAAACAAGAAGGAGGAUAAGAACGACUCGGGAGAGGAGGCCGAGGUGAAGCUGACACAGGUAGAAGAAGCCCCUCAGGAACAGAGGUCAAAGGGCAAAAACAAGAAAAAAUCUACAAAGGAAGCUGCUGAACCCAAGGAGGAAGCUAAGGUUGUCAGCAAGGCCCCAGAGGCUCCCGCCAAGGCUGUCGAGGUUGUCAGCAAGGCCCCAGAGCCUCCCGCCAAGGCUGUCGAGGUUGUCAGCAAGGCCCCAGAGCCUCCCGCCAAGGAUGUCAAAGUUGUCGGCAAGGCCCCAGCGCCCGUAGUCAAAACCCCAGAGACCAGCACAGUAGCUAAGGAUAAUACAGGAGAGUGUGUAGAAGCUCCAUUUGAAAGUCCCAGUAAGAAGAACAAGGGCAAGAAGGCUGCAGCAGUAGAGGUUGUGAAGGACCAAGUAGAUUCGGCUGUGAAACCAAGCUCCCCUGCAGCUACUAAGAAAGGAAAAGCUAAAUCACCAACUCCUGACAAACCUGCUACUGAAAAUGCCAAACCCAAAGCUCCGGAGGCUGGCAAAUCAAAAUCCCCAUCUCCAGACGCGGGGAAACCCAAAACCAAAGAUGUCAAACCUGCACCAGAAGCUGCCAAACCCAAGUCACCUGGAGCAGGCAAAGACAGUGGAGCCAAAGAUUCUCCCAGUGGGGACAGCAAACCUGUUAAAAGUCCCAAAAACAAGAAAAAGAACGAGAAGACAGCAGACGCAGUUGUGAAGGAGACUCCCCAGCCGGUCACCCCAGUGGCCAAGCCCUCUGUUACAGAAACACCUGCAGCUAGCAGUAGUACACCAGCAGAGGGAGCAGAUUCCUCAGCUGAAGCCCCACAAGUGGUGGCUUUUGAUGAAAUGGGCCUAACAGAUUCUUGGACUGAAGCAAAACCAAAAGGAAAAAAGAAGAAACCAAGACGUGAAAACUGAAAUUUUGCCUGUCACUUAAAUCUUUCUACAAUCUGAGAAAGCUGAACUGACAUAGCUCCUAAAAGUGCUUAGGGGGUUACAGUCAGUCCUGAUACAGAGGAGAACAGCUUCGGACACGUCCAAAAACUAGACGGUCUACUGAAUAUUUGGUGCUGAGGACUGCAAUUGUGUGCAGUCUCGAUUAGCUUUUCAUUUGAUGUAUUUUUCCAGCAUCUUGUUGUUGGACGUUGAAGUUGAUGUAAAACAGCAGCACACGAGGUAGUGUAACUGCACUAGGGCUACCAAUUAAUUUUUCAUCAGCACAUUUAGAAAUUAAGGUAGAUAAGACUGUUUACUGCCCAAGGCACCAGUUUGUAUUCCGGAUGAUUAGCAACUGAUAACCACUAAAAAAUGAAACGGGGGAAAUGCCUACCUUGAAUCAAAAUUUUCCAUCUGGAUAAGGUUUGAUUCUGGGUUUGUUGACAGGGUAAAGAUUUUUUUUUUUUUCAUAUAAGUUUUGGUAGUACCAUUGGACCAUCCAUUCAAUGACUACUAAUUAUUUUCAAUACUUGAAUGAUAAAAUUUAAGUAAUUUAAUUAUAUUGUAUUUAAUUGAGUAGCUAUUAAUUCUUGAAGUAUCAACCCCUAAGUACUGAGCACACACACUUCACUGAGAAUCACAAUAAAAGGGGAGUUACCCUUUAAGGGGAAUUCCUCAUUAUGCUGCCACUGGCUGGUAGCGCCACCUAGUAUCCACAGACUAUCAAAGGGAGGUAAAUAUGAAAAUGGUUGUUAAGUAUUAUUUUUAUUUAGUGAGUGACAUCUUUUGUGUUUUGUUAAAGUCUAGUCAGAAGAAUGACACCAAGAAGAUAAAGAAGACUUUUUCAAAAAUUGUUAUUUAUAUACAAAUGAAUUUAUCUUUACAUACAUGCUUGACAUGGAAAUCAAAUUUUCAAACUUUUAUCCAAUUGAAUUGGUUGUAGGUUUAUUUUUAGUCCGGAGUUUUUUUUAGAAUCCAGAGGGAUGGAAGUCGUUCUAGGUUUAUUUUAAUCAGUUUCUUAAGAAUCCAGAGGGAUUGGAGAAAUCUGAUGGUUGGAUGAGGAGUCAAAGGAUUCUGAGUUGGAAAUUAAGCAGAUUUCUCAUUUUACUUAAGGUAUAGAGUGAGAGUGUUCUAUCUUGACGAAGAAUUCUGAGCUGGAUUUGUUACAUAUUACUUUAUCGUAGGAAAGCAAUAUAAUAUUUUCCAUUUUCAAAAUGACCACAUGACAAGCUUAUAAAUCUGUGAGCUUAACAUGUUCAGGAUAAUAUUACUGCCAAUGAUUUCCAAGCUACUGGCAGACAGUCUACAUUCACUGGUCUUUUAUAUAACUAUAGGGGUGAAGUAAUGAUUAAUUUUAUAAGAAAAAAACAUGUGAAGGUCUAUAUGCAGCAGAAAGGUGAUGGCACAUUCUACCUUAAAUCAAUACAGUAUAUUAAUUACAAAAUUAUCAGAUAAUUAAAGAGUGUCACUUUGGUUCACAUACGGUAUAUAAUUAAGUAGAAUAUUUUGGUCCUUUAUUUUUUGGGUUAUCUUUGUCAUUUUUAUAUUUUUUUAGCAAGAUUUUACUUUCCUGGAGUUCCCUUUUGGCAAAGGUUGGCAUUUUAGCUGAAUCGGAUAAAAUAUGCUCACUAAGACAACACGACAAAUUGACGAGUGAAAAGGUGAUAGAGUUAUUUUAUCAUUUUAAUGCUGCAUCUUGUCAUUUUCAAGGCAGUGUAAUAUUUAUUUUUAUGUAGAUUCACAUACAUUCAUGCCUAAUUAUGUAUUAGACUACGUAUACUCCCCUGCUACCCAAUUGAAGAUAUAAAAUUAUGUAUUCAGCAUCAUGGAAUAAAGAAAAUUCACUGUAGAACAGAUAUUAUAUCCAACACUAGCAACAGGUUAAAUAAAACAAAAAAAUAUUAACUGAAGACAGUUUUAAAUAGCUACAAUUAUAUGUUUGAUAUGCUUCAUUGUAUUUAGAGAAUAGAUAUUAAAAUCUAUAUUUAUAAUUUUUGUGAAAAUCACACUUCAUAAUGAAAUAUUUUCCAUACAAAUGGGAUUUUAGAAUCCCAAGUCUUGAUAACACAUGAAUUCAUUGUCACCUAUUCACGAAUUUGAAUAUGUUGAAAUAUUCACUUUUUGUUGUAUUUUAAUACAUGUAUGUAUAUUCUCUGGUAUUUGGUGAAUGAUAGAUUUUCUAAAAGUAAUUCCAAAUUAUAGCCAAAAUGAAUUGUAUGUUGUAAUUGGUCAGUUAAACAAUGCUGGACAUUGUAAGCCUAAUUGUUUCUUGUAUAUAUAGAUCAGGGAAAAAUUAGAGCUAAUCAAAUUCUUAUAUAGUAAGUAGCUCUGUUGUAGAGAUAGUUCUCAAUAUUGAUGGAUCACUUUAGAGACAAUUUCAAAAGAAUCUGCCGUGGUUUUCCGAAUUUUUUUUGGCCAGUACCAAUAUUUUUGCUUAUAAUCGUCAUAUUUCUGUGACAAGUAAAAUUUCUACCUAACUGGAGGACUCAAGGUUUGUCGAACAGGAACCACCAGCAUAAGAAGUGAUUUGAUUAAAACAGUAAAAUAUAUUAAGAUGCAAUUUCUCCUGUGCCCAUUAUGUAUAAGAAUGUCUUUAUUUCUGGAAUCUUACGUAUAUACUAUAGUAUAUAGGAUAGCCAGAACUUUUUCUCUGUCCAAGUUAUCGAGUUAGUGGCAUAUGUCAAGAAGAAUUUGAAAAGAAACUACAAUUUUUUCUAAAUGGUCCAUCAGAAUAUUUUGUAAAAUAUGUCCUCAAUGUAAAACUGUUAUUUAAUCAAUUUCUAUUUAUCCUGGGGUGCAAUAUAAGGUACUAAUCACAACUAGUUCAUUUUUAUGAUAAACAUGAUAUAGUAGUCUUAUAUACAUGACGUAGUCUUGAAUACAUGACAUAGUAGUCCAGUAUGCUCGACAUAGUAGUCUAGUAUACAUGACGUAGUCACAAGAUGUAGGAGUAGGAGUCUAGUUUACAUAUACAUGACAUUGUAGUCUUAUAUACAUGACAUAGUCUUGUAUACAUGACGCAGUAGUCUUGUAUAAAUGACGUAGGAGUCUAGUAUACAUGACGUAGGAGUCUAGUAUACAUGACAUAGUAGUCUAAUAUAUACAUGUCGUAGUAGUCUUAUACUUACAUGACUUGCAGUCUAUACAUGACAUAGUAGUCUUAUCAACAUGACAUCUUAACUGGCUGUUGUUUUGACAGCCUCAUAUAUAGAAGAGAGAGAGAGAAAGAUGAAUUCAGUCCUAUUUUUGUCCAAUUAAAGCAUGUGUACAAUAUGAUAUGUACUUGAGAGAGUGUUUUGUCCUUAGAGUAUCCCCAUUGUCACAAGAUUUAAAAUAGGACCAAAUAAUAUUUUUGUAAAUAUUUUUCAGGAAAUUUAUUAUAAAAAAGAUUGUAUCAAUGCCUUUGAGGAAUCAUGAUGGCUGCUGUGUGUAUGAUGUAUGUGUUUAUCAGUUAUAUAGUUCUAUAUCUACAAUGUGAUGGACGGUUUACAUGUCUCAUUCGUACGGCCGUGCGCUGUAUGUAGGUAAAUCUCAUUAUUGGGAGUAUAUUAUAGGCCAGCCAUUUAUUCAGCAUUGUAUUUUCGAAGGAGCUGCAUCGCCGAUAGAGGAAAUUAGUUAAAAAAGAAUGGUUAGUUGUAUAUUUUUAUACAAUACAUAAAGUUACAUUACUACCACUUCAAAUAUUUGAGCUUUUCUUUUUAUCUUUUAAAUUUGAUGCAAAGUAAUAAUAAUUCAUUACAUCACAAAGAAACAUCUGUCAUACUCUGCCUCUUUAUUCCUGGUUUGUAACUUGUGGUCUUAUAAACGAUCAUUUUAAGGACAGAGGUGACAUUUUGAACAUUUCUGUGACAAGCCAUCAUUUUGCUGUCAGUAAUGGUGGGGCACCUUUAAAAUUCUUUGUUGCCCUAGAUACUUUGAUGGAGGAUGAUUUUUUUUUAGUAAUAAGGGCAUCUAAAAUUUGUAUGGUUGUAUACUUAGCGAAAAUAACAUUAAACUUGCGUUCACCAUGGCCUGGUAAAAACGUAAUUUUUGUUGAGCUGAAAGUAAGACUGACAUCACUUCACCUUUAACUGUAGUGUUGUAAAGCCUUUGUAAUGGCGACAUAAAUUUUGCCAUGAUGGGUCACAGUGACCUACUUUUCACCUUGUCAUAGUGUUGUGUAAUUAUGUGUUGUGAUAUCAGUAAAAACACCUUGUUAUGAUAAUGAUGUGCUAUAUUAUGCUGUAACAGUGUGCAUUCAGUUUUACAUAUCUCUAUUACUUAACGAAUUUGGGCAUCAGUAACUUUGUGAAUGUAGAAAACUGAAUAUUUUUAGUGCACUUUUGCAAUGCUUUAAGAAAUAAAAUGGAAACGUGUAUAGAUUUCUUAAUUAAAUAACGGUAUAGUGCUGUAGAAUUUUGCCGACAUUUUGAGAGAAUUAUGGAUUUCAUCCAAUCAUGUGAUGUUACAAGGCCUUUCUUGCUUUUGUUUAUAUAAAGCUGUUGUGAAGGAAUAUAAUUUGUUCCUGUAUAUUACUGUACAACUGUAUUACAAAUUAUAUACAAGUUUUACAUGUAAAGCUCUUUUAUUGAAAGACAUUAACUAAUUUUCUAUUAAUUCCUAGAUCAGUGUAAAAGCAUAGAGGUUUCCUACUAUCAGCCAAAAUUACAUAUGUACAUAUUUGAGGAAGAAUGUGAAAGGGAAGAAUUAAUGAAACUUAAUUUACUGUUAAUUCCUCGAUCAUGAAGGUUUUCUAGAUGCAGAAUGUGAAAGAGAAGAAUUAAGAUUAUGAGUGUAUUCAUUAAGCAAACUUGGUUUUAAAAGGGUUUUCUGUAUCGUCAUAUCUAGAGAUCGCAUCUACAUAUAUUAUUGUACUGAUAUGCUAACCCUGACCUCACCCAAUACAGUUAUUGGCAAGUUCAUUAUAGACCAUCUUCAAAGUCCAAGGGUUCUGAUUACAAUAUACCUUAAUUACUGGUUUUCUUUCCACUUUUGGAACUUGUUGUCACAUGACUGAAGGCUCACGAUAAAAUACUUGAUUAAAUUUUUUUUUUAAAAAGAAUGUAAAAAUGACAUAUGGCUUGGCUGGUAUGUCUUUGAAGAUUAUGAAGUGCUAUACCCAAACCAAAGCCUAGCCCAGUUUUACCUUAAUUUGAGGUUCUUUAAUAGUUUCUGAACUAGUAAACUCACCUAGUCUGCAAGAUAUUGAAUAGAGUCUUCAGUUUUUAAUGACCUGCAGGAAAGAUACAAUUUAAUUGUAGAUAUAUCUUGAGCAGACUUUGGCAUUUCUAAGAUGUUUGUAGACAAGUGCUAGUUAUUGAUAACUAUGUAUUUAUAUAUAUUUAUAUAGGGUAGAUUUAGGCCAUAGGGUCACUCUAGAAUGACCAGGAGAGUGUGAUAAUGAUCUAAUGACCACCAGAAUUUAACAGAGAUACUUUACCAACGUCAGUAUCAAAGCCAUGUUGUAUUAACCUAGAGUCUGGGUACUAGACCAGCCCGAUUUUCACACUGAAGCAUUGUAGAAGUUGAGGGCUACAAAGAUACCCCAAUACUUGUAUGGGUGCAAAUAUUGUGUAAAAUAAUAUUUCUUUUUAGUUUGAACUUUUAUUUGCUCAAAUGAUUGGUACAUUUUACUAUGUAAUAUAAAAUGGUUCCUAUCAGGGAUUUAAUUACAUACUAACUUUUAGUAUUAGGUAGGAAAAUAUCUGGAUGGGUCUGGACUCUACUAAUCAUACCAGCAUUUCCAAUGUCCAAUAGCUUUAACAAACUGAAAAUUAGUUUGCUUUUGUCUUCAAACAGAAAACUGGACACCUUUAUCUUGCCAGAUUAUGCCAGAUUAUGUCAAAAUAUUUCAAAUUUAUUUAGAUUAAUUUUUUAUAUUAAUUUCUUUUCACUGAUUUAUUGGAUUAAUCAUACACUGGCCAAUAUUUAUGAAAAUUAACUGAGCAAUUAUGGAAAAAAAUGCCCAUUUUUUAGUGACCUAGAAUUUAGAGAAAAAGACCCACCUUCCAAUUUCAGUUUUUUUUUUUUAUACUUUAAUUCUUUUAGCUGCAGUGAUAACAGUGUCAGGGUGAUAUAGUGUUUACAUCAUACUGCCAAUAAAACACCUAAAGUAACAGAAUUCAUUCAGAGAUGAUUUUUCUGCUUUAGUAACAUAUUUUCGAUGGCUGCCGCUGAAGUCUGUACCAUUCCUGAAGCAUUAUUUUGGUGUAUGUGUAGGUUAUUGUUUAGUUUUCCAGUGGCAUUCUGUCAGAGUGAGUGAUUGUUGUUGGAUUAUGGAAGCAUACUUAGGAUGUCUGUUCCUUAACUUACGUCAGUAAGUAAUUGUCUGUACUGUCUGUCAUACAAGUGUUGUGGUAUAAUCCCAAUGCAGCGACAUCUCUCUCAUUUGGUAACCAGAUCACCACUGAAUGAUUUUAGUUUGUUUCAUCGAUGUGAAAUAUUUUAACCAGCAUUAGAGCGUGUGGAUGUAUGGCCGUCAUGAUCUGCAUUAUGUGUUUUCUAGAGGAAACAAUUGUUUACUCGAUCAGUAAUGUAUCAUGGUUGUGUUAGUUAUAGAUUGUGAUUUGGAGCAUUGUCUCAAUGUUAUCAAAAUAAGGGUUGUGCUUCUGUACCAGACAAUGUAUUGCUUGGACAGUGCCCAACAACCACUUGGUCUGCUUAGUAAUGUUUAAUUAUAUCUUCAUAUUACAUAAUUUACAAAACUUAAAGGAAAAAAAAAUCUUAUCUGUUCCGUUCAUUUACAUUUAAAUUGAUUUUUUUUUAUUGGGGCCAGGAUAACUUGGUUGGUAGCGCAUCAGACAUGCAAUUUGAGGUGGGCGGUCCGAUCCCUACCCUGGGUGAUUUGUGUUUCCAAGAAAACUGAGAUGAUGGACCAUAUUAUUCUUUCAUGAUUGUGUCUUAAGGUCAGACAUUUUACCUCAGUUGCUCCAGUAAAUUGUUGAGUGAGGUAGCUACCAGCUACUACAGGGAUACUGCUCCAGUAAAUUGUUGAGUGUGGUAGCUACCAGCUACUACAGGGAGACUGCUCCAGUAAAUUGUUCAGUGAGGUAGCUACCAGCUACUACAGGGAGACUGCUCCAGUAAAUUGUUCAGUGAGGUAGCUACCAGCUACUACAGGGAGACUGCUCCAGUAAAUUGUUCAGUGAGGUAGCUACCAGCUACUACAGGGAGACUGCUCCAUUAAAUUGUUCAGUGAGGUAGCUACCAGCUACUACAGGGAGACUGCUCCAGUAAAUUGUUCAGUGAGGUAGCUACCAGCUACUACAGGGAGACUGCUCCAGUAAAUUGUUCAGUGUGGUAGCUACCAGCUACUACAGGGAGACUGCCUCAGAAUGAUUCCGACUGUUCACAGGGAAAUGGACGUGUCAGUUGUUAAAAACAAGUGUUUCACUUGCAAAAAGUAAAAGCAAACCAAAAUCAUGUGGACCUCUUUCAUCAAACAAAAAGAUAUUUCUUGUGUCAUGUGAAUUGAGAUAAAUAUAUGGUAAUAAAGUGGUAAUAGACCUGUGAUUAUAAUGUGAUGUAAUAUGCAUAAUUACAUUAAUUUUGCCAAAAAAGUAUGAAAAGAUGGUGCCAAUAGGUCCAGUACUGUCAAGCUGACGUGCUCCUCAACCUUUCCGACUCUUCGGGAUGAGUUCCCCGAGGUGUGGCUAGAUUUCUCUCACAAACGUUUUGUUCUUACACCAGGGUUUUAGUUAUAGAGUUUACAUUGGUGCUCAGACAAAACUGGAUCUUGUUGUUUUUUUUUUUUAAUGUUAUCUAAAUCAACCAGUUACCGUCAAUAUUUUGUUGUUUCUAAAGUGUUCAUUUCAUACCUUUACACUGGGAAUGGGCUUCAUAUUGCUUUCAGAAUUGUUAAGUUAUUUUUUAGCCGAUAUGGAGAUAUUUGAAUAGUAAUUUUGUUGCCAUGGUUUCAUGAAUUUUAUGUUUAGCUGUAUACAUGUGCUUGAUGGGUGAGGGGUGAAACAACACUUGUGUGAACAUUUAUAUGAACUUUAUCAUAGUUUAGCUGACACAUGUAUGUAUAAUAUGUAGGUAUUUUAGUAGAUAAAUUGUUACCAUUUUUCAAAGGAAGGGAGGUAACUCCUUUUAACAGUAAUAUCUUGGGUGCCUGAUAUCAGAUACACUGCAGGACCAAAUCAGUCUGUAUCAGUCUGUAUAUGAAGAUAGUGGUAUGUUAGCGUGUGUGUAUGUGUGUGAAUCGUAACUUGUGGACCUGUGCACAUUUUGUUGUAGAAUGGGUACAUGAACAUGUUUACAACUAAACGUGUGCUAUUGUUUAUGGAUCUUUAAACUAGGGUUAGUGUUUGUGUGUAAACAUCUGUACUGAUACACAUGUAUACACACAUAGGGAUUGGCACAGCUAUUUACACAAUUUUACACAUGUACGUGUGUAAUGUACAUGUGUGUAAUACACUAGGGUUAGUGUUUGUGUGUAAACAUCUGUACUGAUACACAUGUAUACACACAUAGGGAUUGGCACAGCUAUUUACACAAUUUUACACAUGUACAUGUGUAAUGUACAUGUGUGUAAUACACUACUGUGUAUUAAUUUGUACUGGUGUUAUUUUACGUGCGAAGGUUGUUAUUAAGAUAUGCAUCUGAAGGUACCAAGGUAAAAACUUACCUUAGAAGAUUGUUAAUUUUAUGUACAUAGGAAGGUCAUUGGUGCGAUGUUUAGGAAGGUCGUUGGUGCGAUGUUGGAUGAUACAUGUAUGUAAGUGUAUACUAUUUCUACCUGCUAUUUGAUCAUUAGUGUACGGGAGUACAAUACUAAGUCACUAAGUGUAUAUAGUGUUUACGUUCCCCUGUCGACACCCUUCCAGAUUUGUGAUCACUAAAACCAGGGGUGAUUAAGGAAUACAGCAAUGGUAAUAAAAUGUUAUAUUUAUGGA